AUGAUGUUUCUCCCUCUUCAUAAUAGGUCGUUGGUGCCUAGAUCGAGUGACUCGUCCACCACCCCGAUCAUCGUCGGUGUUGUUUUAGGAUGUGUUGUAGCUAUUGCUAUCACGGCGGGGACCCUGUUUAUUCUCCUUCGAAAACGAAGAUGGUAUCGCGUCCGCCGAUACGAGGAGGAAAUGCUUUCAAUGCGCGGGCCAACGGGAUACAAACGUCAGGGAUUCGGAUUCCCGUCCGACAAUCACCAGCCACGACCGCACUCGUCAAUGCAUUCUUAUAGUCAACCGCAGGAGCAAAGCCAUACUCACCCUCGCGGCAGACUAUCCGGUGACACCCCACCACCGGCAUACACCACCAUCCCGGCCUACGACCCAUCAAAGUACCAUACCAUCAGUCAGCUACCACCUACCAUGCAAAUAAACCGCCCAAUGCAGGGUAAUCCCAUCGGUGUGUUCGAGGAACGACCAUUUUCGUUCAUCCGAGGCGUCGAGCAACAGUACACCAGCCCGGCUGAAACGCAGCGGAGCUCAUCUCAUGCACAGCAUCGGGGACCGUCGCCGGAAGGCGCCUGGUCGAUGGAGUCGGAAAGUUCCACGACCAACUUUUCUAGGCCAUUGGAGGGUGUUCAAUCACCUCGACGACCCAAGCCUGUGCUUACGAAGUUGGUCACGAAUUUUGUGUGA